AUGGAUAUAAUAGAUAUUGAAAGUAUUGAAUCAAAUACACGACCAAUAAAAAAUUCAACUGUCAGAUGCAAUUGUGUGAGUUCAAAUUCAGUAUGUUAUAUUGUCGUGACAAUUGCCACACUAGCUUUCUUGGGAGCUAUUGUGUUUAUAUGCAAAGACUAUAUUAAAGUAUUAUUGUAUUGGAUAGAACAUAAAGAUAUGUGGAUCAUAAGUAUUAUUGUAAUAUCACUAUUUACAGUAGUUUCAUUUCCUAUAGUGAUUGGUUACUUAUUUUUAAUAAUCGCAAGUGGUUAUUUAUUUGGUAUUGUCCGUGGUAUUGCACUGGUUGUACUCGGCGCUAAUUUAGGUAUUGCAAUUGCACACACGACACUCAGUGCAUUGUCAACAAAGUUACCGAUUGGUGCAUUAUUAAGAAGUGAAACUGCUCGAGCAAUAUUAAGAGUUAUAUCUGGUCCUCAAGCAUUUAGAGUUGUACUCUUUGCCAGACUAACUCCAAUUCCAUUUGGCCUACAGAAUACUAUUUUUGCUGUAAGCAAUAUUAGUGGUUUAAGGUAUCACAUUGCAAGUGCAAUUGGCCUACUACCAGCUCAAUUGAUUAAUGUUUACCUAGGAAGCAGUUUACGGUCCAUGCAAGAUGUUUUGGAAGAUAAAUCAACUGCUGCGACGGGUUAUAUUGUAUUUUGUUUUCAAAUAAUAAUUGGAGUAUCAUUAAUGGUCUACGUAGUACAGAAAGCACGGAGAGAACUUCACCUGGCACUUCUCGAAGCUGAUCUAGCAGCAAUGACUGACAGUUCACAUUAUCUACACGACACAUUACCUGACUCAAAAGGAUCUCUUACAUCAUUGAUGGCAUGA